AACCGACCAGCAACAAGAAACUUAUUGAUGCAGGCCGAGUACCCUUUUUGAUUCCAUUCCCUUAACGUCGCAAUCACACGAAACUCCUGAGUGAGCAGAUCCUAAUCGAGAGUCUGCUGUAGUCCAUGGAAGGAAAGCAAAGAAAGAAACAGAAAAGCGAACAAGCAAAACAAGAAGUCAAGGAAAGGAGAUUCGAGACUCAACCCCGGUAUUCAGUUGUCGGCUCAAGACAGCUGGGGUCGACUGUACAGUCUGUACUUAGUUGCGGUCGGGGCCUAGGAGGAUUAGCGGGUACUUGUAAUGCGACACUCAGUAGCCCGAACCUCCAUAGGGGUCGCGUGUCUCGGAUCGAGAAGCAGACUCGCCAUAACCAGCGGCACCACCAGCAGGAGCACCACCGGCAGGCUCUCGGGAUCGGGGAGCAUCACGCUCGCCUCCGCGCUCAUGGCGAUCGCCACGCUCAUAUCCGCCGGGAGCACCGCCGCGAGGACCGUAGCGAUCACGGUCUUCGCGUCCAGCAUAUCGAUCGCGUCCGUAGCCUUCCUCACGGUCACGGCGCUCGUAGCUGCGGUCAUAGUCGCGGCCGUAACCUCGAUCCUCGUAGCGUCGCUCUUCGCGAUAGCCACGAUCAUAUGCCGCCACGCUCCGCGCCACCGCGCUCAGCACCACCACGGUCUUCAUAACGUCGGUCGUAGUUGCGUUCGUAGCCACGGUAACGGUAUGGGUCAUCGCGGCCGUAGCCGCCGCCGCCACCACCUCCGUAUC